UGUGAAAACGUCGAGACAGGACAUAAAACACUCAACUAAUUCACCAACCAACCGAAGCGAAAAGUUGUUACCCUAUGUUCAUGUAAACACUCAGAAUAGUUUUUUUAAGUUCUCUGCUUAAGAUAUAUUUAAAUACUAUGCAAUUCACAUGCAUAACUUGAGUAUGACCUGCCUUCAUAUACAUGGGUAUGCCAGGUUUUAUUUUACAAAAUGACAUGACGUAAUUGUGGCAACGGUAGCCAUUUUGACGGGUAGCUUAACCAUGGACGCAAUAGAUAUAGGAAAUCAGCGAUGAUAACAAUUGGCAAUCCACUGUGAACUGGACAAACAAUAUGGCUGAUUCGAGUUCUGUAUCUAAUGGCAGCGCCUUCUCUGAGAGAUCCAGUUCGCCUUAUCAAUGGGCUGUAUUGGAUCCUGAAUUCGAAGAUCAAUCGAAAGAUGAAAUACUUGAAGCUAUAGAAAGGGAUGUAAACUGGAUACGGGGAGAAUUUAAAACUGAAGUGAAGAGUGCGAGAUACUUGUAUCCAAGUGACAAGGACCGAUCGAGAAAAUGGGUAGAAAAAGCUACUAAGGAUGCUCUUAAAAUGCUUAAAACAAAAUUUUCUGUGAACACAAAAUGCAUAUGCUCAAAUAAUAUGCAACGAGAUUUAAAAACUCUGAAAGGAAAUAUGCUCUUAGACGUUUUAACCUUGAUUAUAAAUGUCAUUGCCUUCCAUGUUCCGUUUAACGGAUAUCCAACAAUCCCCACUAUUAUGAACGUUAGGCGUCGUGGAUCGAUUUCCAAUUCUAUGGAUCGUGAAAAUUCCCAAAAGAAAACAAUCUGCCAAUCCAAUACACACACUUUGCAUGGUAUAAGAAAUCAGCAUACCCUUCGAUACCUGAUCGAUAAAAUUCGACUCGUUGGUCAAAAGAAAGAUGUGAAUUCUAUUAGAUUUUAUUUCAUGUUUGCACCAAGAAGCUAUUGGAGAAAAUUGUGCGAUGUCUUAUGUGUGGAAGAACGAUACCAUAAUUUAACAAUUCAUACUAUUGCAGAGAUCAUCAAAGAAGCAUUUCGCAAAACAUAUGCAUCAACGUAUAAGAUAUCUAAAAUAUGGCUAGGAAGUGAAUCACAAAAAAGACCAGUUUUUACAUUUUUUGAGUCAAUGCGCCAACAUAAAGUUUCGGGAUUUGAUACUAUAGUCGUUGUUGUAAAGGAAAGCACACAUAGAAAAACACUUCGUUCCCUUUGGGGAUUCGAUCUCAUACUAGUAUCAGAAAAUGUAUGCAAUGCAGAGGUACAAAGAUUACUUCAGUUUGAUGUACAAGACCCAACAGAAGCAAUCGUUAAGCAUGUGAAUGAAAAAAAAAUGUCGGACCUUUUCAAGAAUCACAGUAACAUAACAUUGCUUAAUAUAUCGAAUGUUCGAUCUCAAGGAUUUGGCACGAGUUCAUUCCGGGUAAAAAAGACGCCAACUCUUGUUAUCCACUGCCAUGUAAAAGGGGUGAUACCUUUUGGAGAAGAUAUAUUUCCAGAGCAAGUGAGUGGAUUUCAAGUUGAUGUCAGAGAAGGAACAUGCAACCUCGCUGUACAAGGACUACGUAUGAGUGAAAAUAUAAGUGCAGAUGGCUGUGCAAAAUUUGGAACUCUGGGUGGAUUUGUUGAUCUGCAAAAUCCACCUGGUAGGGCAUUUCUAACAUGUGCUCACGUUGUGUUACCCAGAAAUACGUUGCAAAACCAAGUGGCAAAAGAAUAUGUCAGAAAGAGAGAAAUAAUACGAGUAUUUGAUAAAGAAAAAAAUGAAAUUGGUAAAAUUACCAAAGCAGUGUUUGAUCCAGGACAACCAGCAAAUGUUAGUGUUGAUGCAGCCCUCGUAGAGAUUACAGAUCGACACCCUCGUGACGGAUACUUCUCUGAUGUUUCAGAUAGUCAGUUAAGCGGAGCUGGCUUUUCAGAGCAGCACGUACCACAUUUUUCGAAUGGACAGGUAGAGAAAAUUUCUACAUUCAAUUUCCGAAAGCAAGUCAUAAAGGUGGGCGCCUCCAGUGGACUAACACUUGGUUCGCUAAGAAUGGGCAGAAGUUGUGCCCACAUUAUGGAUGAAUGUGAUGUAAACAUCGACGACUCCUUCAAUAUUCGGCUGUUUGGACAGUUAGAAGUUUUGCCACGAAUAGACCCUUCCCAACCAUCAGACUCCCGGCAAGCUUUUGUAAGUGAUGGAGAUUCUGGCGCUUUAGUAUUCGCUAUUCACAGCGAAAAUCCAAUCGUUCUAAAGUGCAUUGGAAUGGUAGUUGCAAAAACAUCUUAUGGGUCAUGCCUAAUGACUCCAAUAGACAAGGUACUUGAUGCUUUAGAUCUUCCGUAUAAUUGUCUGUCCAAGUUUUCGAUACCGAAAAGCAAUAAGGACUCUGAAUCUGAAAAUAUUCGAGAUGUGCUUAUGUCAAUUACACAACAGCUGACGGCGAUGACUUCUACAAUGGCGACUAAAACAGACGUUGAAAGUUUAAAAAAAGACUUGGAAAA